AUGGCACUCACGACUGAGUCUGGCGACGCCAUCACGUCCAAUGCCAGUGAAAAUGAUCACGCCGCCGCCGCCGCCACCGGCCCCCGAAAACUCGACCACCCAGCCGAGAUCGAUGAGAAAGAUAUCCACAACACUUCAGAUCCAACCAGCAAGACAAUGGGCGAAUCCAGCGUACUAAGCCUGCAAGCCGAGCAGCCCCAGUCGGACCUGGAGAGUAGCGGAAGCGCAUCCAAAAAUGGACCAGCGAAGGCCCCACCGCCAGACGGAGGUCUCCAGGCCUGGCUGCAAGUGCUCAUCGCCCACCUGGUCAUCUUCAACACCUGGGGAUACAUCAACUCGUUCGGCGUGUUCCAGACCUACUACCUGAGCACCCUUGAGCAGUCCCCCUCGCAGAUCUCGUGGAUCGGCUCGGUGCAGGUCUUCAUUCUUUUUGUCAUCGGCACUUUUUCCGGACGCGCAACCGACGCGGGCUACUUCCGGCACACCUUCGCCAUCGGCACCGUCCUCAUCCUGAUCGGCGUCUUCACGACCUCCGUCUGCACCGAGUACUGGCAGCUGUUCCUCGCCCAGGGCAUCUGCACCGGUAUCGGGAACGGGCUGCUGUUCUGUCCCACCCUGGCUGUCCUCCCUACCUACUUCAACAAGAAAAGGGCAAUGGCCGUUGGGCUUGCUGCCUCGGGAACCACGACGGGGGGCAUUAUCAUCCCGGGCAUCUUCGAGGCGCUGCUGCCCCGAAUUGGCUUCGGAUGGACCCUGCGCGUGCUCGGACUGAUCAUGUUGGUCUUCCAGGUGAUCUGCUUCGUCCUGGCGCGCACCAGAGUCCCACCCCGGACCGUCGGGCCUCUCGUGGAGUUCUCGGCAUUUAAGGAGCUUCCCUAUCUCCUCUUCGCCAUCGGUAUCUUCUUCUGCUUCUGGGGCAUAUACCCAGCCUACUACUACGUCGGCGAGUACGCGAGCAGCGUCAUCGGGGUCUCUCAGGGGGACUCCAUUAAUCUUCUCAUCAUUAUGAACGGCAUUGGUGUUGUCGGUCGGCUCCUGCCCCCCUACCUCUCUGACAGGUGGACCGGCCCGACAAACAUGAUGAUUCCCUUUGUGCUGCUGUCCGCGGUGUCGCUCUAUUGCUGGGCCGCCAUUUACACCCAAGGCGGCCUGUGGGCCUUCGCCACCAUCUACGGGCUCUUUAGCUCGGGCGUUAAUAGUCUAUUCCCUACUGCCCUGUCUGCCUUGACCACGGACAUGACCAAGAUUGGUGUGCGAAUGGGCAUGGUAUACACUGUUAUUAGCUUUGCCACGCUGACCGGCACACCCAUCGCGGGGGCACUCAUCAGUGCCCACGGCGGCCACUACCUGGGUAUGGAGAUGUUUGCCGCAUCGCUGCUCAUGAUCGGGGGUAUCAUGCUGGUCGCGGCGAGGAUAUCGAGAACGGGUUGGAAGCUGAGGGCGAGAAUGUAG